CCGCCCCGCCCAGCCUCCCGGCACCUCCGGCCGGCUGCGGGCUGCGGGCUGCGGGCUGCGGGCGGAGCGGCACUGCGGCGGCGCGGGGCUGGGGGCGCGGGGCGCGCGCGGUGGGGACCCGCCACACCAUGCCGGAGCUGCCCACGAAGCCGGGAGGGAAGAUGUUCACCGUGCUGAUCCGCCAACCCUGUGGGCGAGCAGGCCUCAAGACCUUCUCUCGAACCCCAGCUAUCAUUGCCUUGGUGGCCCUGUUUGUGAGCAUUACGGCACUUGUGACAAUCACAGUCAUUCAGAUUCGUCAGAAAGAAGUCCACCACUCAGUACUAAAGUAUGGGAUCGUGCUGGACGCUGGGUCCUCCAGAACCACAUUCUACGUCUAUCAGUGGCCGUUGGAGAAGAAGAAUAACACUGGAGUUGUCAGUGAGACCUACAAGUGUGGUGUGAAAGGCCCUGGAAUCUCUAGCUAUUGGAAGAAGCCCCAAGAUGCUCCCAAAGCUUUUGAGGAUUGCAUGCGAAAUGUCACCUGGCAGAUUCCAGCACACCUCCGCGACUCCACCCAGAUUUACCUGGGGGCCACUGCUGGGAUGCGUUUGCUGAGGUUGCAAAAUGAAACCGCAGCUAAUAAAGUCAUGGCCAGUAUCGAAAACUACUUCAACUCCCAACCGUUUGAUUUUAGGAGCGCCCAGAUCAUUUCUGGGCAAGACGAAGGGGUAUAUGGAUGGAUUACAGUCAACUAUUUAAUGGGGAAUUUCCUGGAGAAGAACCUGUGGAAUAUGUGGGUCCAUCCCAGUGGAAUGGAGACCAUAGGUGCCCUGGACUUGGGCGGUGCCUCCACCCAAAUAUCCUUCUCCAUGGGGGAGAAUGUGAACGUCAGCAGCAGUGACAUCAUACAAGUGACCCUCUAUGGCUACACAUACACACUCUACACACACAGCUUCCAGUGCUAUGGUCGGCACGAGGCUGAGAAGAAGCUACAGGCGAUGCUACUUCAGAAUUCUUCCACCAAAGCCGAAGUCAUCAACCCCUGUUACCCUCAAGAUUACACCACCAGCUUCACUCUGGAGCACAUAUUUGACAGCCCGUGCACCUCGGACCUGAGACCCACCAGUUACAACCCUCAUGACGUCAUCGUAUUUAAAGGCACAGGCGACCCAUCACAGUGCAGGGACCAAGUGGUUUCCCUAUUUGACUUCAAAGCUUGCGAUGACCGAGAAGAUUGCUCCUUUAAUGGGGUUUCUCAGCCAAAAGUUAAAGGACCCUUCAUGGCCUUUUCAGGGUUCUACUACACAGCUGCUGCUCUCAACCUGUCCGAUAGCUUUUCCCUGAACUCCUUCAAUUCAAGCACUUGGAAUUUCUGCUUACAGAAUUGGCAACAGCUCCCGCUGCUCCUCCCCAAGUUUGAGGAGAAGUACGCCCGCUCCUACUGUUUCUCAGCCCUGUAUAUUUACCAGCUGCUCUUGAAUGGGUACAGAUUCACCCAGGAGUCCUGGCCUCAAGUACAUUUUAAAAAAGAAGUGAAGAACAGCAGCAUAGCCUGGUCUCUUGGCUACAUGCUGAACCAGACCAACCAGAUUCCAGUCACAAGUCCCCUGGUCCGCCUGCCCAUGCAUCCACACGCCUUUCUGGGAACCCUCGUCUUUUUUGUAGCAGUUACGUUGUUGUGUCUGGUAUUUCUUGUGUACCUUUGUGUGUCAUCCAAGAACAGAAGGCAUUCCCCGCAUGCCUUUGACUAUGCGGUGGAUUCUGAGUAAAGCCAGAAGCAGC